ACAACACAACAGACCCACCAACAAUAACAAUGAACCCCCAAAUGAUACAUAGUGUUCCGUUCUUGCCUCGCCCUGACCUGUUUCGUUUCAAUCCCCCCGAAACAUUCCCUAUAGUAAACGAAUUGCCUCGGCUCUACUAUGGAGACCCUCUUUCUAGUUCUUCCAUUCAUCAAAUUCCUGCAAACCCACAAACCCAUGGUUCUGUUGCGGCCGGUACUGAACCCGAAAUCCCCCCGGUACUUGAAGGAAUCGCGGCUAUUGUUGGGCAACGAAUCCUAUUUGGGAAUGGUGGGAGUGGGGUUGAGAAAUCGGGUGGUGUUUCGGGCAUGGAACAAAGUACCGGAGGAGGAGAGAAGAAGAGUGGGGUUUCGGUGCAGAAGAGUUACAGAGGGGUGAGGAAGAGGCCGUGGGGGAGGUGGUCAGCGGAGAUAAGGGACCGUAUAGGGCGGUGCAGGCACUGGCUGGGAACGUUCGACACGGCGGAGGAGGCGGCGCGUGCUUACGACGCGGCGGCGAGGCGUCUGAGAGGUGCGAAAGCCAGAACGAAUUUUGCGAUUCCGCCGGUAUUGCCGCGGCCUGUACCGUCGCCGGAAACAACGUCGUCGGAGGGGUCUUCGUCGGAGAAAACGAAGAAGAAGAGGAAGAAGAAGAUUGGGGUGCGAAGUAAGACUGGGGCGGCGCAGAAUAGCAGGAAGUGUGCAGUGGUGACAUCUGUAGCUCAACUGUUCAGCUCAAGUACUAGUCCUAAUAUUAGUAUGAUUAAUGAGGAGCAGAAAAAAAGGAAGGUUGAAGUAGAGCUAGAGUUGAAGCUUGGUGGUAAUAAUAAUAAUAGUGCAUCUAUUAUGGGUCUUUUAUCUAGUUGUAGCUAGAUGAAGGUGAUGAUUACUCAUGUUAGGGCUAUAAAUAUGUAUGUUUUCUUUUCUUUUCUUUUCUUUUCUUUUCUUUUUUCUUCUAUAUAUAUGAAUGAUAU